AGAACUACCGCAACCAAAGCCAGGAGCGUUCGCAGAAUGAAGCUGGCCGUCGUCUCCGUACUCUUCGCCGUUGCCUUCUUGUCUGACGGCAACAUAAAAUCCGAGGCAUUUCCACUGGAUAACUAUGAAGAUCUAAACCUCAUUCAAGACUCCACUGGGGAAGGACUGACUGACAACAUAGUGGCUCCCGGACCAGGACCAGGCGUUUCUAAGAUCAUCAUGGUGGCAGACGCAGACCUGCUGAACACCCUGAAGGCUCUGGGAAGGAACAUGCCUGAGAGGAUCCUGAGUCCUGAGCACCGAGACGGAAGUCCAGACCAGUCCAGCAUCUCCAUCAUCCGGAGGGACACCAAGAGGUGCAUGGUGGGAAGGGUCUACCGGCCAUGCUGGGAUGCCUAGGUCCUGUGGACGAGUCCAGUGACGACGGCGCGGGA